UGGUAUGAGAAUGUUUACUUAUGUUGCCUAUAAAAUUAAUUUAGGUACUUCGGUGUUUGGAUGACAGAAGUUUGUUACGGUUUCAAAGUCAGUACGUGUAUCAAGGUUUAAUUUGUAUAUUUUCUGCUUGACUGUACAAAACAAGGUUGGACGCAUGCAGACGAUCUGAGAGUUAAUUGACUCAAAGAUCACUACAGAGCAGGUUGUGUGUAGCUGAUAACAUGGAACUGACUUGCGCCAAUCACCACAACCACACACAAACAGAGGUGGAUCCAAAGAUCAAACCGCCUCCGCAACCGCCUCCAGCUGAUGAGCCCCUUAAGAAAUUUGUGAGGCAUUACGAUAAGGAACCUUUUGAUUUUGUGACUGCACGGAACCUGUCGAAACCUACCAACGUCCUUGAAUCGACUGGUCAUCUAAUAAAAGGGUGCCUUGGAGGUGGCAUAUUAGGCAUACACGAGGCGUAUAUGAAAGCGGGGCUAUGGACUUCGCUCGUGCUGACGGUAGUCUACGGGUUCUAUAUCACAUACUGUGUGCAUUUACUAGUAAAAUCAGCGCAAGUGCUGUACCAAAGACUGCAUGUGACCACAUUGUCAUACCCUGACGUGGCCGAGGCUGCCAUGCAGAUUGGCCCAUUCCCCACGCUGAGGAAAUACAGUAAGUGGUUCAGGUACGCUGUAGACACAGUAAUCUGUAUAGAUCUGUUCGGUGCCUGCUGCGUUUACCAAAUCAUCAUAGCAAAGACAAUCCUCCAAGUUGCCGAGGGCGUUGACGAGGGCGUUGACAAGGACGAGAACAAUUACAUAAACAGGCUCCGGCUGUAUGUGCUCAUCCUGCUGGUCCCUAUACUACUGAUGUGCAUGAUAACGACUUUGAAGUACUUGGCGCCUUUUACAUUGCUUGCCGAUGUCUUUAUCGUGAUAUGCGUGGUAGCGACAUUAUACUACAGCAUGCGCGAUCCCCCACCAAUCAGCACUGUACCUGCUUGGAAGGAUGGCUUGGGCCUGUUCGAGUUCAGCGGCAUUGCCAUCUUUAGCAUGGAGGGCAUCGGGGUCUCGCUGCCUAUUGAGAACAAUAUGAAAGAUCCCCUCAAGUUCUCCAAGGUGCUAUGCGCUAGUAUGUGCGUAGUGGUUUCAUUUUUGAUCUUGGUUGGAUUUUUUGGCUACUGGGGAUUUAGAGAGAAUUCGAAAUCUCCAGUGACUCUGAACUUUCCAAUCGAUAGCACAUUCCCUUUAAUAUUAAAGUAUCUAAUGGGCAUUAUGAUAUUCAUAACCUUCGCGCUAAAUUUCUGGGCGCCUUUCAACCUGGUGUGGCACUACAUGUCUAAGAAACACGACGCUAAGAAGCACUGGCUAUGGGAAAGAGUGUACAGAGCAGUGUUCAUCGUUGUUAUUAGCGCUAUCGCUAUUGGCUUUCCUAAUAUUGGCAAUUUGAUGGGUUUGCUUGGAGCGUUUUGCCUGUCAAAUAUGGGCUUCAUAUUUCCCGCCGUCAUUGAACUACUUGUCAUUUGGGAGGACCCAGGGCUAGGCAAAUACAGAUGGCGUCUAUGGAAAAAUGUUUUGGUGGUACUAAUAGGCGUACUCUUCUUUUUUGCCGGGACGUAUUCCAAUUUAAAAGGACUAAUAUCUAACUUAAAAUGAUUCAUUAUGUGUCCAUACGAUUUAGCAGCUCGCUGUACAGUCGACGUCAAAAAAAGGUUUACAUUUUUAGCCUUAUUAUAAUAGCGUAAACAUAUCUUUGUCGUCGAUUGUAAUAGCUAAAUAAUAUAAAUAGUAACAAGUACUAUUUAACCUUUUCUUGAGGUACCUAGGGCUUGUGCACAAACCACGCGAGAUUUAUCCGACUACUUUUUUUUAAUUCGACUUAUUUUAAGAUAAGUAUCGUAUAUAAUGAAUCUUGUUUAUUUUUCUAUUUUCAUUAUGAAUGUGAUGAUAUAUUUAUUAUAUGCGCUCCAAGAUUUCGUAAAAUAGACUCACUAUUUUGAAGUACGAAGUGAAGAUUUAUGUUUAACGGAGCCGAGAAAAAGUAUCUACUCAUGUGGUAGAUAUUUUUUCUUAGUUUCGUUCACUGUAGAAAAAUACACGUGAGGUCUCCUUAUACCUCCCCUCCCCCAAUCCUUUUCUGAACUCCCUCCCCCUUAUCGAACCACACGUGAUUUGUGCACAAGCCCAUCGCGCAGCAAGUAUUUCGUUAUUAUUGUCAUUUAUUUUAACUUUAAAAUAUUUAUAAGUUACUGCAAAAUUAGGUUUACGUAUUAGAAAUAAAUAUUAAAGUUUAAUUUAAA